AUGGCCCAUCAGGGGAGCGUCACGAAGUUGAUGCAGGACAGUGGAACGCAGGUGCACUGGGAUGACAGCAAAGUGAACAUGGACGAUUUUGUGUUACGAGCGACGAGUGACAAUGUAAGGCCAGAAAGACUGAACGAGAUUAAACAAAGCAGCCGCGUGUGUUUGCCGGCACCUUGCGACAAGCUGGAAGCUUAUUCCGGGUUCAUUCCAGUUGACAAUGAAAGUGAUUCCUCGUACUUGUUCUUCUUGCACAUCAAGUCACCGGGUCGAUCGAGCUCGAAACCACUGCUCCUUUGGAUACAAGGUGGACCUUGGAAAUCAUCGUUAUUCAGCCAGUUCCUCGAAAAUGGGCCCCUGGGCAUCAACGCCACCGGUGGCCUCUACUACAGGAACCACAGCCUGUUAAAGGACUUCAACUUAAUCUACCUGGACCAUCCUGUUGGGUCGGGAUACAGCUUUGACGACAACGACCGAUACCCCGGCACUCUUGAUGAAGCAUCGGAGCAGGCCCUGACAUUCCUGAAGCGCUUUUUGAGAACCUUCCCGGAAUACAAGCACAAGGAGUUCUACAUUGCGGGAGAGUCGUAUGGGGCAAGAUCUGCUGUCGGAGUGGCGUACAAGGUGCUGAAGAAACACAAGCAAAUCGACCUGAAGCUCAAAGGGGCCAUGCUAGGCGUAGGCUUUGUGUUUCCACUGCUUGAACUCCUCAACUCGACGGACUACCUGUUUUACUCCGGACUGCUUGGCGAUUUCGGCCGAAGAACAUUCGCCGGCUGGUUAGACAUGAUAAAAGGCCUCGUCGAUCAGAAACACUACUCCAAGGCUACUGAAGACCUGAACCGAAUUGUUUUGAACCAGGCACCUCCCGAAAAUAUGACCAGAACGCACGCCCUGUUCAUCUCGUUCGAGAAGGGCUAG